AGCCAUCCACAUCUAAAUCGUGUCAUGUAUUUUUUGUGAAUACUUGGCCGUUUCCCAGCCACGCCGCUUAUUUAUGGUUUUUCUUAGUAGUUUGAUUCUGUUAUCACCACUAUCACUCUUUAUACAAUUCCACCCGAGUUAAUUAUUUUGACAAGCAUUUUCAUUGGCGUUUCAGCAUCUCGCCAGGGGGGACGACGCUAUCAAGGAACACCAUGUCAUCUGCACCGCCUGCGGGCAAUUUUACCGACACAGGGAAUGCGACAGUAACUUCCGGUGCCUGGGACUUCCUGGGGCCUCUUCAAGAUAUGGAUUUCCUGUGGCUGGAGCUGCAGCUCGUCGGCAGUGCCAUGGGAAUCAUCUAUCUUGGUGCUCACGCGUCGCUGAGAAGACCACCAUCAGCAGCGCCACCAAAGGAUAAGAAGACGGGCAAGACAAAGAAGGAAGAUGACAAUUUCACACAAGGACUGGAGCUUGGUGAUGCCAUCAUGUUUCCCCUCAUGGCAGGCUGCGUGCUCGUCGGUCUCUAUUAUCUGAUCCAGUAUCUGAAGGACCCAGCUAUCCUCACCACCAUUCUCAAGUACUACAUGUCAACAGUCUCAGUCGCCAGUAUGGUUACUCUAUAUGCGCAUGGUAUGGAUCUUGUUACGUCUUUUGUAUUUCCCAAAUACUGGCGCGGUCGAGAUGGGCGUCUGAGAAAGGCAGUGCAAGGCGAGCAAAAGGCAGUCACCUGUGAUGAUGCAGGCAACGUCGUCGAUCAGCAGACAGAGAGCAACCCUCUGCCUUGGAUUCUUGGCAUAUUUGCUCCGACAGCAAAGUCGAAAGCAUUUGCGUGGAAGUUGCGAAAUCUCUUGACGCGCAAUUGGCUAUUCCGAAUCUACCUCAGAGGUGCGGGUGAGGAGAAGACUACCAUCAAGUUUGUCACAGUGCUUGCUAUUCCCGUCUCGGCCAUUACAGCUUUCUUCUACUUUACGACCAACUUACCCUUCCUAUCCAACAUGCUCGGCUAUGGCAUGUGCUACUGCUCGCUGUUGAUUUUGUCCCCUACGGACUUGAUGAUUGGAUCGCUUGUCCUAGUUGGACUGUUCUUCUACGACAUUGUCAUGGUGUUUUACACGCCCUACAUGGUUACCGUUGCCACAACGCUAGAUGUGCCGAUCAAGCUGACAUUCAAGGCGGCUGGCCGACAGAGCAUCCUCGGACUUGGUGAUAUUGUGAUUCCCGGAAUGGUCAUGGCAUGGACUCUGCGCCUGGACCUUUGGCUCUUUUACCAGCGCAAAAUCAAAUACGAGUCGAGGGAGUUGUCUAUUGUGGAAAAGACGGCUAGUGGAGAGAUUGUCACACGCAGCGACAGCAAACACAUGGAGAUCAAGGCGCCGUACGUCGAUGUCAAGGGCCGCUGGGGCGACAGAUGGUGGAGCAGCGCUCUAUUCUCUCGUACGGUUCUGCCCGCCGAGAUUGCUGCGACUCAGUUCCCAAAGACAUACUUCCACGCGACGCUGACGGGAUACCUGGCAGGCAUGAUUGUCACACUGGCCAUGCUGUUGGUGUUUAAGCGAGGACAACCAGCGUUGCUGUACCUUGUCCCUGGUGUUCUUGGUUCUAUUUACACCACUGCGCUGUUUCGCGGAGAAUUGAAGAAGAUUUGGCGUUACACCGAAGACGGCAGCCUAGACACAACGGAUGUCAUUGUGGAGGUUGAUGGUCAAGGCAACAGCACAAAGACAAUUGGUGUUCUCAAGGACGGCGUUGUUGACACGACAAAGACGGACGACGAAAAGACAAAGGAAAAAGAAAAGGCGGAUGAAGAGAAGGAAAAGAAGGAGAGACAGGAACGAGACGACAAGGAGAAGAAGGAAGCCCUUGCAAAGAAGGGAUACUCUGUAUUUUCUGUAACCCUGGACGUUCCACCCGAGGAUGAAGAAUAAUUCGUGUAUGAAUAGAUUAGAUUUGCACUUUUAUAGAAUUAACCUUUUUUUGCUAC